AUGGCGGCCUCGAUGAGGAUGCUGCUUUCCUUGGCCAUACUUUACGUGGGAUUUCACUCUGGCUGCUCUUUCACGGAUCCUCAAGAUGCUGCUGUGCUUAUGGCUCUGAGAGAUUCAUGGCUUAACACGCCACCUAGCUGGGGAGAGUCCGAUGAUCCUUGCGGUGGCUUCUGGGAGGGCAUCACCUGCAACAACUCUAGGGUCACUGCUCUGGAUUUGUCGAACAACAAGGAUCUCAGCGUUUCUCCAUUUCCAUCAUUCGGGAUCUUAGCCGGUUGCAACUUUACUGGUAGCAUCCCCGACAAGCUUGGCAAACUUGCAGAGCUAUCCUUCUUGGCUCUCGACUCAAACAAAUUAGAUGGGCACAUACCGCCUUCUCUGGGUAACCUGUCCAAACUCUAUUGGCUCGACUUGGCCGAUAAUCAAUUGAGUGGGCCAAUACCUGUUUCUCCAGGCUUGGAUCAACUCAAGAAUGCAAAACACUUGCACUUAAACAAGAACCAGCUCUCAGGUACCAUUCCAGAGCAACUAUUUAGCCCAGAUAUGAUCCUGACAGAUGUGUAUUUCGAUAAUAAUAUGUUGACCGGGCCUAUCCCGUCAAGUCUAGGAUACGUUCAGACAUUACAGGUCCUUCGGCUCGAUAGCAAUGCUCUGUCGGGGCAAGUCCCAUCUAAUCUCAAGAACCUGAUGAUUCUCACAGAACUGAACUUGGCUUACAACAAGCUAGAUGGUGUAGUGCCGGACUUAAGUAACAUGAAUGCACUUAGCUACGUGAACUUGAGCAAUAACUCUUUCGAGUCGUCACCUGCUCCUGAUUGGUUCUCAAAUUUACCAUCGCUCACGACACUGGUUAUAGAAUAUGGACCGCUUAUGGGGACUAUACCAGGGAAGAUCUUUUCACUUCCUCACCUACAGCAAGUGAUGCUGCGAAACAAUGCCUUCUCAGGCAGCUUGAACAUAACAACCGGAGUUAGCGCAGAGUUGACACUAGUUGAUCUGCAGGACAACAACAUUUCAUCCAUAGUGCUGGGUUACCCCUACUACGCAAAUACAUUAAUGUUGACGGGGAACCCAAUCUGCGAGACUUCGACCAUAAAUGCUACUUUUUGCAGGGUCCAACAAGGCAGGAAGCCACUCUAACUCUCCUCCGACUGACAUCAGACAGCUUGCUUUACGCAACUGAUCAAUUGGAUCUCUUUACCCUGCAACCGUAUUUUUCAGUUUUGCUUUCUUGGACUCCGGCUCCAUACUUCACCAGGAAAGUUGACGAGACACCUAAUGAUGAAUGGCCUUGGAUUGGCAUUGGCAUUACGAUCUAUCUAACUGAACUAUCAGUGAAUUGUCUACGGUCGUACAUCUCAAUUAAUAGACGAGGUGUAGUACUGCAUUUGAUAAACUUUUACCAGCAGCUUAGGAGUCGAAACGUUCUAAAAUAUGACCCCCGCCUUUUUAAUAAGGUUACUUGCUUCAGAAGACUGCCAGUCAUAGGAACUCCUUAUUUUGUUUGUUCGAACGGCCUCGAUCUGUAAUGGUGGAGUUGGAGGUCCCUUCAUGUCACGCGUAGAGAAAAGCCGGCACAUUGUUUGCCCUUCUACUCUAUUUCUUCGAUUAUAUAAGAAAACCGACUAGAAAUAGAAAAAUAAUGGAACUAUAUAUGUACAUAUUUUAC